CGCGGCGGCGGCGCCGGCAGCACGAGCAGCAGCGUCGCCCUCGGCCGGCGGCCCGCCUCGGCGCGGCCUAUAAAGGGUCCUGGUCGGCCAGCGCUGCCCCCUCUCUGCUCGCAGCCUCCGAGGAGGGAAGAGGAAGGGAGGGGGGCGCGGGGGAAAAAACCCUAAAAAGAAAAAAGAAAAAAGCCUUAAAAACAGCAAAAGAGAAAAAAAACCAAAGGAAAAAAUUGAUUAUAACAAACAGGAAUAAGGAGGAGGGUAAUUAAUUUAAUAAUAAUAAUAUAAUUAAGCAAUUGUUAAUUGCGCGGGGGCCGCUUUUGGCUGACGCUUCUCUGUCUGUCUGUCUGUCUGUUUUUGCCUCUACUAACCCCCAAAUCUGCCUCGUGAUUUUUCUUCCCCCCUCAAUCGUCUUUGGUGUGUCUUUUCCCCUCAGCACCCCCCCCCCGUAUUUAUUCCUAUUUAUUUUCACCUCGCCUCUAAUCUCCUCGCCCCACCUUCCGCCACCCUAGAAUCGCUUUCCCCCACCCAGAGUGGGGUCGGAACCCCGUUUCUUUUCUCCCCCCGUUCACCUUCCUUGAAGCCACAGCUCAGGUUUGCCUUGCCGCCUCCCCAGUUCAUUGCCGCCCCUGCGCCGCGUCUGCAGGUGGUUCUCUUGCCGCCGGCGCCCCACUUUCCGCGCACUUUCUCCUCUCCUACCACCACCCUUCGUUCUCCCUCUUAAUGACUGCAGGUCUCUCGCUUCGUCUUGAUCUGCUUGGCCUUCUGUACUGUUUUCCUGCCCUUUAAAAUUUGCCCUUUAAAAGUUUUUUUUUAAAAAAACAACUAAAGCCAUACCAGGCCUUGGUAGAUACAUAUUGUUGUCUUUUUAAACCAGAUUUUAUCUGUGUUGCAAAGUAGUCUUAUAGGGGCAACAGCUGUUAGUUAUUAAUUUAAAAUGGGACAGGGCUAUUGACCCCUGCUCCUAAAAAGUUAUCCUUUUAAUAUCUGGAAGACAGGGAAAGAAGUUAAUCCAGAAGUAUUAAACUACAAAUUUAAAAUACAAUCCACAAUUGCUCGUUUUGCAUGGGAAAGAUAUACGGGUUUUUUAAAAGGCAGAAUUGGAAAUUUCAUUUUAAAAAAUACAUUUAAACAGCUUUUUGAAACAUUUCAGGUCCCUUAACUUAGUUUUCUGUACAAAUUUCCACCCAGAUCUGAUUCAGUUCUCUUAUCAAGUCAAAUAUUAGUUAUAUUUUUGAAAUUUGCACUGCAUUUUUCUUUUAUAGCUGCUUUCCCUUAUUUUCCAAUACUUUCUAGCAUUUCUUCAGCCUUUCCUCUUAGCUCUGACCCCAUUCCUCUAAAAGCUAGUGAAGUUUUUUAAAAAAAUAUAUUAAAAAAUACUUUUUAAGAAAGUUUAACAUAAGCAUCUGGGCCUCUGAGUGAAAGAUGAACACAGCUGCUAGUAGCUACCCGAUGGCAUCUCUGUAUGUGGGUGACCUGCACCCUGAUGUCACAGAAGCCAUGCUGUAUGAGAAGUUCAGUCCUGCGGGUCCUGUGCUCUCCAUCCGUGUCUGCAGAGACAUGAUAACCCGUCGCUCCCUAGGAUAUGCAUAUGUUAACUUUCAGCAACCAGCUGAUGGUAAGUACUGUAUGGGGCAAAUCAAGAUUAUUUCUUAUGGUAUCCCAAAGUUUGCACUCUGCACACACCACUUGCUUCUCACCAUUUCCUUCCAGCCAUGUGGUCUCCCAGAAACAAGCACUGGCUGAAACUAGAGUUGUCUGAGCAUUGCAGUCUACAGGGGAAGGAACUAAAGGAGCCUGCAGUUAGGCAAAUGGGCACAACAGUUGUAGGAAGUUGAGAAUAAAAAGCAGUUGGAAGAGCUGCUAAUGACUGAUAUACAGAGUUUUGGUGAGGGAGCAUAUUGGCUACCCUGGAUGAAUACUGUGUGAGAGAAGCAGCCCUAAUGUAAUUAUUUCAUGUAAGUUCAAUGAGGAGCUUUCUGCAUUGAAAAGCUGGAUAUAAAUCAAAUAGAUAAAUGUAGGGGUACAUCACCUGGAAUUCUAUUUUGUGCAAGCUCAACUUGAAUAUAAUGGAGGUUUGUAGAGUAAAUUAAAAGCAUUUUUCAGUAAGUGUUUCAGAAGGCUGCCAGUCCAUCUGCUACAGUGCUGUAGAAAUAUGACUUUGAGCAUGGGGGAAUGUUUAUUUUACAGCAACAUCUCAAAGCCCAUGGUCACAUGCUGCUAGGGAACCUCCGCAGGGCAAAGGGUCCAGCAUAUUUACGGUGCAACAAGUGCUGUGGUGGAACCUCUUGUUGCAUGCCUACUUCCAACUGUUCAUCCCCUUUCAGCUGCAAGUGGUGUAUUCUAAGGGUUGCUGUGCUUGCCAGCACAUGUCUUUGGAGCACCUCUUCUUGCUAUAAAUAAACGCUGCCAAAUUUGACUAGCUGGGCUGAGGUGCCACUUGAAAUGGAAUUCUUUUGGUUAAAGCAACACAACUGAAUCUUCCCUUUCAACUAAAAUCAUGGUGCCUCCCCCCCUUUCUGCAAGUGAUUGACAGUAAGGGAAUGGAAUGAGAGUAAGAGUCCUUGAAAAUUUCAGGCAUGGCUCACUCUUGGGUAGUGUUUAUGUCUUGCUCAGUAGGUGCUUUCAGUACCACCUGCCUGGUAACGUGACCUGGAGUGUUGGUGGAAGCAAGCCGCCCCUUAAGCACUACUCGUGACAGCCCUGGUCUGCAUCAUACUAUGAUGCAAUGGGCAACUUGAAACACUAGGCAACAACAGCAGGUGGUCAGCCAGUGAGGGUUAAUUUUUAAGGGUUCUGUGUAGUAUUUUGGGCAUACUUGUUGAGAACUAUUUAAAGGGGAAACUUACUUUGGGAAGGCGCUGAAAUGAAUUGAUGGCAAAAAAGACAGCCUUGCCUCCCCCUUGAGAUGCAGGCAGUUUAAUAUUAAUAAGGACAUGCAUUUUGAGGUAUAGUCAAUAAUGAUGAGUGAUUCAUUAAAUUAGCUAACUUCUUCCACUCAGUCUCCCUAUAUUUAGAAUAUCCUAUAUCAGGGAAAAGAAUCCACAGGUGUUUAGUUCAAUUUGGCCUGGCAGCUUUCUAAUUUUGUAGGUGAGGUCUUGGUAAAGAAGGCAUAUGAUUAGCUUCGUAAAGAGUACUUCUGGGGACACAUGUGAAAGCCUGUAUUCAUUCAUUCUCUCUCCUGAUUUCUGCUGCCCGUGCUCCCCCCUGCUUUACCUGGGCUCUUUUUUUUUUUAGGUGAGGCAGCCAGGAAAGCCCUGCAUGGGUUCCUCCCCCACCCCCAGUUGGGACAGUUUUGCCUGUUAGAGGCAAAUAGGUGGGUAGCAUAUCAGGUAGCACAUUCUCAUUCUAGCCUCAGGCUUGCCUGCUCUCUCCUUCCUGCUACUCACUUGGCGUGCAACUGAGUCCCAAGCCUCUGAAUUUUAUGAACAGGAUCCUGGUGUGUAUAUGUCAUCAUCCUUUUAAUAUGCUACUCAGUACAGAAAUAGAAUCCUGAAGGAGGAUUAGUGUGAGUUAAGGGAGAGUCUACAUUGCUGAAGCUUUAGAAUACGAUGGAUGUGAUGCCCUACUUAGUUUGAGUAGGACUUCUCUGAUUCUGUAUUGGCAUAGGGUGGACAUACAUAAUAAUGCCUGAAUGGCGAAGAAAGCAGUGAUGCUGAAGUACACAUGGUAAUACCAACUUGGUUCCAAGUCUUUUGUUGCUGUUUAUAAAAAAAAACCUGGCACUGGCAAGUUUUGGAUAUGCACUAAGCAUGUUUCCUGCCUGUCUCACCUGGUUAGGGAAAAUCUUUCCAUCAGUAUGCUUGCUACUACAUACACUAGGUGCAGUAUUUGCACUGUGCUCCUGGACCUGUCUGUAUUAGUGCUGAUGUACUGAAUUACCUGGGACGUGGGUGGCGCUGUAGUCUAAACCACUGAGCCUUGGGCUUGCUGAUCAAAAGGUCAGCGGUUCAAAUCCCCGCAACAGGGUGAGCUCCCGUUGCUCGGUCCCAGAUCCUGCCAACCUAGCAGUUCAAAAGCAUGCCAAAAAGUGCAAGUAGAUUAGUAAGUACUGCUCCGGUGGGAAAGUAAAUGGCGUUUCGUGUCCUGCUCUGGCGUCGGUGUUCCGUUGCGUCAGAAGCGGCUUAGUCGUGCUGGCCACAUGACCCGGAAAAACUGCCUGCGGAGCGGACAAACGCCAGCUCCCUCAGCCUGUAAAGUGAAAUGAGCGCUGCAACCCCAGAGUCGUUCGCAACUGGACUUAACUGUCAGGGGUCCCUUUACCUUUACUGAAUCACCUGCAGAGGUCAUAGUCAGUAUUGGCAAUAGUCAGAUGUUGAGUAUUGCAUAGAUGUGCAUGUACAUAAACACACCUUUCCACCUCUUCUCUCAGUCUUCAGGUGGUUUGCUGCUUAGCUGAAGGAAAUACUUCAUUUAUUUAAAAUACAAAUUAUCAAAAAAAAAAAAAGGUUGCCUAAAUGUGUGAUGUGGUAGAGAAAUUUAGAGACACCUGCUUGUGAAGGCUUGCUUCCCUUUUUCUCAAAGGACAGUCUUUUUAUUGCUUCUCAUCCUACAGCUGAGCGAGCCCUGGACACCAUGAACUUUGAUGUGAUCAAAGGGAAACCCAUCCGCAUCAUGUGGUCUCAGCGUGAUCCUUCCCUGAGGAAAUCAGGUGUAGGGAAUGUCUUUAUUAAGAACCUGGACAAAUCCAUAGACAACAAGGCACUUUAUGACACUUUCUCGGCUUUUGGAAAUAUACUUUCUUGCAAGGUGAGACUUUUUAUCUUCCGAGGAUUCCAGGAAGAUCUGCUUAUAUGUAUUUUAACAUAUCAUGAGGUGGUUUGGGUCUUAAAUGCAUGUAAAAUGGAAUAGGAUUUUUGUGUGUGUGUGUGUGUGUGUGUGUGUGUGUGUGUAAGUUAAGUUACAAUAUGGAAAUCCAGUAAAAAGAUAGCUUAAAUGAUCUGGAGACAAGAAGUUCUUGCCAGGUGUUCUAACUGCAUUUCAUUUCCUUUCCUUGAUUGGAAACUUUGCUUAGACAUUGAACAACAGCUCUUGUGAUCUCAUUCACAAUACUGGUGCAAAAAAACUCAGGUUUUUUGAAGCUCAGUUCAGGUGAAGAGAAGUGAGCAACCCAACACCUUGGGGUGCUGGUACAUGCUGUUCAGUUCUGCCCAAUUGCCUUGCAGGUGGUGUGUGACGAGAAUGGCUCUAAGGGCUAUGCCUUUGUGCACUUUGAGACACAGGACGCUGCGGACCGGGCCAUUGAGAAGAUGAAUGGCAUGCUGCUGAACGACCGCAAAGUGUGAGUGUCUCGGCCAGAAGCAGCGGCAGCCACCGCAUGAGCCGUGAUGCAUCUCAGUAUUAACCCACAAGGCUGCUGGUUCUCCUGGCCCAGCUUUGGCCUGCUGCCUCUCUACUCCAGGGCUGGUGAGUUUCCCUGCCCGAGCCACAGCCUACUCCCCCUGGCGUAGGGGCCUGCCCCUCACUUUCUGCCUCCCUGCUGCUGGGCUUAGUUGACUCCCUUCUGGUUUGCCCUGUUGAGUAGCACUGGGUGGGUGUUUUUGUGCUGCUGCUUCCAUAUCAGGACUGGAUUUUUCCGCUUGGUCGUUUACCCUAUUUAUUUCUGCCCUUCUCACACCUACCUGCUGCCUGUUUUUUUGUUUGUUUCUUUAAACCUUUCUUUUCUGUUGUUGGCAGGGGAGCGUUUUUCAUCUUAACUUUUCUCUUUUCCCCAUCCAGAUUUGUUGGGAGAUUUAAAUCCCGUAAAGAGCGUGAGGCAGAAUUGGGAGCCAAAGCAAAGGAGUUCACCAACGUCUACAUUAAAAACUUUGGGGAUGACAUGGAUGAUGAACGGCUGAAGGAGCUUUUCAGUAAAUACGGUAAAUAUUCCAGCAGCAAGUUGUUAACAAUCUGAAGCCAUCAUAGCUGGUACCUUUUUGUUGACUCAUUUUUGAAUUUAUCAUCUGGGCUCUUGGGUGCUGUGCACGUGAAGCAUCCUCACAUAAGGACAGUCAAGAGUUUGGUUUCAGGAAGCCACAGUGAUCCCUUACGGCUAAGCCAAAGGCUGAAAGAGCUGAAAAGAUGCCAACAAAGCAUCCUUGAGUGCAGGGGGCCAUUCUUCCUACCUUCUUCAUUGCUGUUGCUUUUAAACUAUCUGAACUUGAAGGGUGUUAGAUAUGCUGAACUGAUAGUUUUAAAAAAUACGUAUAUAUAGUUUGUCAUCAUAUUAUAAUGCUUCAUUAACUAAGCUUUUAUGCAAUACAUUGUUUAUGACUUCACUUUUUAGUUAGUAUUUACAAGUUUCCCCCAUUUUAAACUGACUUUAUUUUUGUUGUAAUUCUGGCUCUUUGGUUACUGUCCAUGUACUCACUGGAGCAAAUUAAUAUAGAGAGAAUUGAGAACUUACUUUUCAGCACUUGGGUGUUCUUUUUGAGAGCAAAAUUGUUUAAAUUCUUAUGCAUAGGAUUAUCUAAUAGUUCCUGGCAAUAAAAUAUAAUAAAGGGAAAAGGAAAGAGAGAUUGCAAAGCAGAAUAAAAUAGGGUGUUUCUCCUUGGUGUGGGGAAUAAUCCUUAAGCUACAGGUUUUCAUUUUGAAAGCUCUCCCUUGAAAUUUUGCUGUAAGCUACCUUUGCUAACUCUCUUCUCCUGGUAAUAGGUAAGACUCUCAGCGUUAAAGUCAUGACAGAUCCCACUGGGAAGUCAAAAGGCUUUGGUUUUGUGAGCUUUGAGAAGCAUGAAGAAGCCAACAAGGUAUAUGGGUUACAGAAUAUGCAUUACCUCCUUCUGGAUUGGAAAACAGGCAUUCAGCAAAUGUUUAUGGGUGGCACCCAAACACAGAGCCAGUCUUAUGCCUUGGAGCUGUUUCCCACUAUCUGUCAGCUGUUUUCCUGCAACCACAAAACAAGGUGGUUUUGGACUUUAAAGGGUUUUAUUUAUGGUUAAAAUGUGGUGGUUCUGCAAUUAUUUUUAGCGGUGCACAUGAAAAAAAGGAGCCCGCUUUAGAUUGGGGGCUUGGAUGGACCUUGCCCUUUGCUUUCAGCCCAAAGGGUAGCCUCACUCUGGCUUGUUUCAUGUAGCUUUGCAUGUCUCCCCGUUGACUGAUGGGGAAAUCAACGCACGGCUAUCCCUUUUUAAUUUUUGGCAGAACUGGAAGAUGUCUGCCACUACUGAGUGGAUGAAGCAUGCCAAAUUUCAGAUGGGGUCGUUAGUCCAGGAGAAGAAAUAGGAGUGUUAAUAAGAGUGUUUGUAACCAGUUCAGCAUCUUAGAGACAUUUACUCUUUUGAAAUCCCUUACAGGCAGUGGAAGAAAUGAAUGGAAAAGAUAUCAAUGGGAAAAUGGUGUUUGUGGGCAGGGCACAGAAGAAAGUGGAGCGCCAGGCAGAGCUGAAAAGGAAAUUUGAGCAGCUAAAACAAGAGAGAAUCAGCCGGUAUCAGGUAAAAGGAAUACGCUCCUGAUUUGAUUAGGUUUCUAACAUCGCACAUUUGUGGAGUGGAAUCGUUAUGGUGUGUUUUGUCUUAGAUUGCCAUCUGGGCUCUGUUCUCCUUGUACAUUCUCUGUUGUGUCAAAUAAGAUGGACACUGUCAAAUUAAACAGUGACACUUAGUGGGAUUGGCCACGUGUGAAGGUUUUGGUUCCAUGAGUAGCGGCUAUCAGCUGAAGGUCCUGUUUGAGUAAAUUCAAUAAUUGGAUGGUAGUAACAAUACGUGGGUUGUAUGUAGCAUAGAAGAAAGUCAAAUCCAGGGAAGGGGGCUGAUGUGAGUUGCAUCUGAAUCUUUCCCGCUCCUUGCUGUGAGGUGCAGGCCCGGGGACAUGUGAUGCUAAAGCAAUGCAGAGGAAAUCCAGGCAAGUUUAUGUUCUCUUACAAGAGACUUGCCUCUACAACUCUGUAACAUUUCAGGGGUUUUUUUUUUGCCUUCAGCAGGUGAUGGAACAUUGUUUGUAAAGAUCAAUCAGUACGUAUUGGCUUUGCUUGUAGUUUACUGCUUGUAAAGAUGAAUUAUUGUCCCCUUCUGCAUUGUUACUGUGGCAUGCCAAUUUCUUCUCUCUGUUUUAGGGAGUUAACUUAUAUAUUAAGAACCUGGAUGAUACAAUUGAUGAUGAGAAACUGAGGAAGGAAUUCUCUCCUUUUGGGUCUAUCACAAGUGCCAAGGUAAAGACUGGAUGGAAUUUAACAGACACAGAGUAAGGCUUCAUAACUGAAAGUCCCUCAAAAGUAGGAACUGUUGAGGAAUCUGCCUAAGGGUGCAAUCCUAAAUAUAUUUAGUUAAGACCUGCUGAACUCAGUGGGACUUAAUUUCAGGUAACCUGCUUUGGAUGGAUCUUGUCCAUAAAACAAACUUUGUUUGUGCUAUGUGUUGAAACCUCUGGCUGCAAGAGGAUAGUGAAAUUACCUGCAGCUUUGCCUCUGAUGGUUGUAUGAUCCAUGCUGCUGUUGUUGUGAGAGGGUUGCACCUGAAUCUUUCCCAGGCCUGGCAGAAUAUGUGUAGGUCUGGGGACACAUGGUGCUAAAGCAAUGCAAAGCAAAUCCAGACAAGUCACUUCUCUCUUUGUUGAGGUCUUGUCUCUACAACUUUGUAACAUUGGGCUUAUGCAGGGCAGUUUCCUGAGUUAAGUUCAGCGGUGCUAUGCAAAUCACAUGAUGAGGCAUAGGGGUACCUCAGGUUCUGCCAUUUGGGUGUUAAAGCCUGCAGUGGUCCUGUGGUGGUUUUCAUCUGCACUGUUAAUUAGCAAGUGAUAGAUCAGGGAUAAAGUUACCAUCCAUGUGUGAACUAAGGGCAGGGAGAGGGCUGGCUGGGGUUAUUGAGCAAGCCUGCUUCCAAAGUGCUAUUCUUGUAUGUUCUGUUUGUGGUUACAAACUUAUCCCUGGCAGAAAGCCAGUGGGCAGAACCAGAGUGGUGUUGCAUGAAUUCUCUUAACAAUGGGGCUCCUCUAACAUUGCCAUCUUGAGGUGUUCCCCCAGCUUAGGCAACUUGACGCAGCAUCAGUGCAGAAAGCAUGAGGCUUUCUUUCCCGUGUUGCUUUUAAAAACUACCUUUGUUUAGGUGAUGCUGGAAGAUGGGCGAAGCAAAGGGUUUGGCUUUGUCUGCUUUUCCUCUCCGGAAGAGGCCACCAAAGCUGUAACGGAAAUGAAUGGGCGCAUUGUGGGCUCCAAACCACUAUAUGUUGCAUUGGCACAGAGAAAGGAGGAGCGGAAAGCCCACCUCACCAACCAAUACAUGCAGCGCAUUGCUGGAAUGAGAGCCCUGCCUGCCAAUGCCAUCAUCAAUCAGUUCCAGCCAGCUGCAGGAGGGUAUUUCAUGCCAGCUGUGCCCCAGGUAAGUCUCAGCAAAAAUGGGUUGUGGCUCUUCAAGGAUUAUAGCUACUCUGUCCAAAAUACUAGCUUUGAUACAUGAUCUGUCUAUGGCAUAUUGAACUACCUGAAAUAAGCAAAACUUGUCACCUUUUAAAAUUUGUAGGUUCUUGGUCACUGGAUAAUGAAGCAUACAGGAUAUUUCCCCCCACUUUUCCUGUGAAUUGGGGGUUGGAACAUAUGAACAGGGGCAUUUAAACCUGCUUAAGAACCAUUUAUCAAGUUGCUUUGAGACUUUUUCCUUUGUCUAAAGCAACUGAUAAAUGUUCAUAGUAAUUUCGCAAUGUGACUGCAUGCCCUGCUCUGCUUUUCAGGCUCAGAACAGACCCACUUACUAUGCACCUAAUCAGAUGACUCAGAUGAGGCCUAAUCCACGCUGGCAGCAAGGAGGGAGACCUCAAGGUGAGCAUGAAAGAGCCACUUGGACCUUGGAGGCAGAGGCAGGAAACCUUCUCUCUCUCUCUCUCUCUCUCUCUCUCUCUCUCUCUCUCUCGGGCCACAUUUACCCUUGGCCAACUCUGGGGGGUCACAUUUCGAUGGUGGGUUAGUGUGGCCAUCCCACAUUCUCACAUGUGAUGACAACACAUGUAUACAGGAAAAGUAGCUGUCCUGUGCAGAUCAGCUGAGGAAAUGAAGUAGGGAGGGGGCAGUUUGCAUCCCCAUCAGGCUGCUGAAUCCACCCACCCUGUGCUGUAUCUGUUUUUUUCUUUUUUGCCCCUGCAGCCAAAAAUAGUCUUGUGUGGCAGGGAGAAGAAACAUUUGCUUGGGGCAGCCUUAUCAGGCCCCUGAGCCAGGAGUUGAUCACCCUUGUAAAGGCAGUCAUCUCCUUUUUUGAUCUACCAGGAUAUGGUAGCCUGGCAGAAACUGUGUGUCACAAAUGUCUAAUCCCUGUGGUUGUCCUUGCCACAAUUUAGUUCAGUAGUAUUGUCCUAGUGUGAUUGACCAGUAGCUUUGUGCUCUCUAUCUCUCUGCCUCCCCCCCAAAAAAAACCCCCACUCUAGGCUUCCAAGGAAUGCCAAACACUAUGCGCCAGUCUGGACCAAGACCAGCCCUACGCCACCUGGCUCCAGCGAGCAAUGCUCAAGCCUCACGUGGCAUGCCUGGUGCAACCCAAAGGGUUGGUAAGUGACUGGACUUGCAGGGUUUCCUACUGGUUUAUAGAAGCUGAUUUGGGAUGUGGAUAGAAGGUAGAUCAUUCUGUUUUCUGGUGUGUGCAAAGUGUGGUGGGCUUCUGCUGCCCAUUCCUUCUGAGGGCACCUGAUAGUGUUGCAUGACACUUGACAGUAAGGUAGAUGCGUCUGCCUAUAGACAUUUUGGUAGCAGAGAAUUUUAGUCCUUGCACUUAGUACAGUACUAUUAUUGAUCAUUAAUUUUGUAACCUGCCCUUCAUUCCCAAAGGAACCCAGGGUGACAAACACUUAAAAGGCAAAUCUUAUAAGAAUUGACAGAUAAUAGCCCCAGUUUCAAAUAAACUUGCUUAACAGGACUAGGAUUGGGGACACCAGGCUCAAAUUUCGCACUCAGCUGUCAGUCCCAGUCCCAGCUUGCAUGUCACAUUAAAGUUAAACCAUAGUUUUAAAAAUCUGCAUGUUAAUGCGACUGAGCAGCAUGCACCAGCAAAUCGUGAACAGUGAGCCACAAACAAACCUUGGUUACCACUUCUCGUUUGGAGGAAACAAGCCAUGAGCCCAGGUUCAGACAGCGUCACAGCUGGACUGUGGCUCGUUUUGUCAGCAGCAGGGGAGCAGCAGCACAGGAACGUGUGAGAAGCAUGCAUUAGCACGCUGCUCAUUCCUAUUAAGCCAUAGUUUGCUUUACAGUCUGGUCUAAUGUGAUCUGCAAACAGUUUACUUGUGAAGAUAAAGUGAGGGUAGUGGGACUAUGUUGUCUUGAGCUUUUGAGAGGGAGGUGUGAUACUGUUGACUUUUUUUAAAAAAAAAAACACCUUCUGAUUCUCCAUUUUGUAUUUCUUUCUUAAAAACACCCCAGGGGUUCCUGCCACAGCUCCAAAUUUAGCGCCUCGACCACCUGUAGCUGCGCAAGCUCCAAGGGCUGUUCCGCCAUACAAAUAUGCCUCCAGUGUCCGCAGCCCCCACCCAGCUGUACAGCCUUUGCAGGUAGCACAAGACGCUUCACAUGAAAACAUCAGUGUUAGACUGCAGGGAAUAUCUGUGUUCUGGUUUUUCCUCUCGAGCUCAGGAAAGUCAUGGUCAGGUCUUUCAGUCUCAGGCUGAAACAGUGUGUUCCUAUCAUGCUGGUUCAGACCUGCUUUUCUUAAAUUUAAUGUGGCAGAUUGUUUUCUCCCCUUUGUUUGCAAUGCAGCAUGAUUCUGAAUCUCAACCAAAUCUGUGGUCAGUAGGCAGUUUAGCAAGCAUUCUGUAUGUAAGCAACUGUUUUCUGUUUUGACAUAUAAAAAUGGCAUAUAAUUCAGAUAGUUUGCCAUAAACAUGUACAGUCUGGGCAGAAAUCAACAGUCCAGCUUUGUGCAGAGUAACUGAGUUAACCUAAAGAAACUCCUUCAGGUGCUUGCUCCACUAGCUUCAAGGGAACUGUGUUAUGUCUUUAGCAUAAUAGGACAGGGUGAAUAAAACAAUAAAGUGAAGUUACCUUGGGACUGUUGGUGCGGGCAGACUACUGCCAACAUAUAACACCGAAGCUUAAAAGCUUGCAGUGGCUGUCCCAUGUGAUUGUGGGACAAAGUCAAGGUUCUGAAUUUAAAAGGCCCUUAAUAUGUUGGGUCUAGGAUAUCUUAAGGACUGCCUGAUCCUGACUCAUCACAGUUAUUUAGGGGAGUCUCUGUUAGUGGUUGUUGAUGGCUCAGAUGCAUGGCUUGUAUCCACCAGAAGCCAUUAUGCAGUAUUGUGGCCCUUCCAGCUGAGAUUAGACAGGCCCUCCUCUACUUGCCCUGUUGAACUUCAGGCAUUUGACAAAGACCUAUUCCAUCAGGCAUUUUAUGGAAGCUCUGUUUUCCCAGCAGCCCCAUCCUGCUGUUGUAUUAAAGAACUUCGCUGAUAAGAUUCAGGCAUUUCCUCUUACGUCCCCAGUUUCAAAGUUUGAGGAUUUUGAGAGAAACUUUCUCCCCAAACUAUUCAGUGUGUGUUAAUAUUUGAUUGUGUAGUUCUAUUCCCUGACUUUAACAAGUUCUUUCCAAAACUAAGAUAGAGUUCUUGUAAGGAUGAUAUACUACUGUUGUGAACAUUUUAGUCAAAAUAUGACUUCUAAAAAGAGAACUUUUGGCAUAUAAUUCUUUGAUAAGUUUAUUGUUUUAAAACAAACGAAGAACCGAUUCCCUUUUCACUUUUUACUGUGUUGUUUUAUUUAUUAAAUUUAUAUACCACCCUUCAUCUGUAGAUCUCAGGGUUGUUCAAAACAUAAAAGUUUUAUUCUCUUUUACAGGCCCCUCAGCCUGCUGUUCAUGUGCAAGGACAAGAGCCUUUAACUGCAUCUAUGCUAGCUGCUGCCCCUCCCCAGGAGCAAAAACAGAUGCUGGGUAAGCCAAUCCUUUCUGUCCCUCUGAGAUUUGGGGCACAAGUGCCAUAGGCAAAAUCUUGUAAAAGCAAGUUUGUCUACAAUAUGUUAAGCACAUGUGUACAGAAGUGACAGGGUACAUAAUAGCUUAAUAUCUUACUUCUCAGAUUGUAAAUGAUUAUCUGUACUGGAAAGCCAUAGAUUUUACUUUGGUGGGGUGGUGGGCAACUCCCAUGUAGAGCUUUUCCUGGGAAGCUUCAUAGACAUAUAGGACCAACAGAGUCUUGUGUGUUGAUAUCCCAUGGCACUUAAUAUUAUGAUUUAGGAAGAUACCUGCUUUCUGUGUUGAUCUCCAGUCACGGUCCCUUUGACACAGUUGAUUAUAUUUCUAUGCUGCUUAUGUGUAUUAUAUGUUACAUGACACCUGUGGCAUCAACUCCCUUCUGAAGGUUCCUUGGUUGGUUGGAGGUGGGGCAGCACAGGUGAAAUGGAGUCUCUCACCCUUCACAGUCCUUCCUCUGGAAACAGCUCCCUUAUGAAGGGAGGAUGGGACAGGGCAGGUGGAAAAAGCCAUUACUGUACAUGCUGGCCAACACAGUGUCUCUCACCCAUCAUCUAGCUGACUGGGUGGUACAGAAACUCAAAAUUCCUUCAGACUCAAGGAUCUCUUCCCCCCGCACUGCCCUGGCUGUGUGAGCCUGAAGUUGACACCCUUCCUCUUGACUGGCUUAACUUUUGCUUCCCUAGGAGAACGUUUGUUCCCGCUCAUCCAAGCUAUGCAUCUCAGCCUUGCAGGAAAGAUCACAGGAAUGCUGCUAGAGAUUGACAAUUCAGAGUUGCUGCACAUGCUAGAAUCCCCAGAAUCCCUCCGUUCGAAGGUAAUGGCUCUCCCCAUUCUCUUUGCCGCAUACAUUCAAGGGGGAGUAUCCUUCUUUUUAGGGACGCGGGUGGCGCUGUGGGUUAAACCACAGAGCCUAGGACUUGCCGAUCAGAAGCUUGGCUGUUUGAAUUCCUGCGACGGGGUGAGCUCCCGUUGCUUGGUCCCUGCUCCUGCCAACCUAGCAGUUUGAAAGCACGUCAAAGUGCAAGUAGAUAAAUAGGUACUGCUCCGGCGGGAAGGUAAACGGCGUUUCCGUGCGCUGCUCUGGUUCGCCAGAAGCGGCUUAGUCAUGCUGGCCACAUGACCCGGAAGCUGUACGCCGCCUCCCUCGGCCAAUAAAGCGAGAUGAGCACCGCAACCCCAGAGUCGGCCACGACUGGACCUAAUGGUCAGGGGUCCCUUUACCUUUACCCUUCUUUUUGCUUUCUUGGGUGAUAGUGAACCUGGUUUCUUCCUGUCCCAGGUGGAGGAGGCUGUGGCAGUGCUGCAAGCUCACCAAGCCAAGAAAGAAGCUGCCCAGAAAGUGGGCAUAGUUGCUGCUACCUCGUAACUAGGGAGGCUGGUAAGUAUUCCAGCUGGCCUGGUUCUUCUCUUUGCUCACCGCUGUCACUUGCCUUUGUGAGCGGAUAUGGAGAAGCUGUGGAUCUUUCUGUCUUGUAUGUACCAAAAAGCUGCAUCAAGAAAGCAAGUAUGGUUUGGUUCUAGGCUUACCCGAUAAGGAUUACUUGUCUUCUGUUUGCCAAAAUGAAUGUUAAAAUUAUCCCAGGUUCCGUGGGCUAUCAUUACAUCCUUUCAAAGACCAAAAUGUUUGCAUAAAGAUUCAGUUGAUAAUCUCAAGUAAUUACUUAAAAUCAGUAGAGAAUUUAACAGAAUUCAGGGUUAAUUCCUCCUCCCCAUAACCUGUACUUCACCUUGAUCCAUAAUUGCUUUGCAAAGUAACCCUAAAAUAUCUAUGUUCUUCUUAAAACCUGUGAGGUGCAACAACAUACAUAAUUACACUGUCUGAAGAGUGAGUAAAUAGAAAGAAAUUGAGGAACUAAUUCAGCAUUACAGCAUUCUUUCUCUCUUUAUAGGUUGUAGAAAGCCAAAUGAGCCCCCUGAAGAAACCACCUGAAGCUGUUUAGAAAAUAACAUUAUACUGCACAUUUCAAUAUCAUGCAACAUAAUUCAUUGCCAGUGUGUAAAAAAAGUUAAUAUGCCUUAUUUGCAAAAAUAAAAAUUAAAGAAAAAUCCUCUACUGCUUUUGGAUUCCAAGAUUUAAAUAUGCAAGUUUUCCUUCUUGAAGCCAGGGUUGCAGCUACCUUGUCUUCCCAUGAGCAGGCACUUACAUUUUUCUGACUGAACAUUUUCAUUUGUGGUUCUUGGUUUUGAUCAAACAAUCUUGUUUGGAAAGUCUGGAAAGUGUUAUCAAUAAAAUAAUUAAAAUAUUUCAAGUAAUUGCCCGAAUCUUCUUCAAGCCUCCUGAUAAUGUGGCCUCCAGGUUUCAAAUUAUUCUGAGUGCAAACCCCUUUAGGUAGGAACCCCGGUGAAAGCUGGGUUGAAGUGAAGGAAUUAUAUACAGUACAAACACUGUUGAGGGUGAGUUGCUUUUGCUUCCCCUUAUUUUCAUGUUGCCACACAGCACCAACUUGAUUGACAUUAGCAUUCUAUUUUCUAUGUGGGUAGUAUAAUUGUGAUCACAAGCUGAACAUGAGUCAACAGCGGAGUAUAGCUUCUUUUUAAAAAGCCUAUGCAAUAUUGGACUUCAUUAACAGAAGCAUAAUGCCCAAAUCUGGAGGAGAAAAAGUUCCAUCAGGAUGCGGCAGAAGGAGAGAUUAGAAGCAGGGGUAUUCUGUUGGCUCUGCUGAGAAACCAGAUGCAUUUUGGCUCUUUCUCAACUCUUACCUAGCAGUAGCCAUUCCACAGGCUACCUGAAGUGCUUCUAGCCCACCCAGUUAUUUUAAGAAUUGGUAACUGUACUAACUUUUUUCCUCCUCCCUCCCUCCCCCUUUUGUGUCGUGUCUUAUAAAUUGUAAGCUUGAGAGCAGGUACAGAUGUGUUUUACUGACAUAAAGCUGGUCUAGCAGUCCACUUGAUUGUGUGUCAGGCCACAGGUGGAAUACUAUUUAUGGGCCUCACAUUUUAAGGACACUGACAUGAGUGUCUCCAGGGGAGGGUGAAGACGGUGAGGCGCCUGGGAACCAAGUCAUGAUUGAAAGAGCUGGGAGAAGGUUACUGGAAGAUGUAAUAGCAAUCCUAAGUGGUCUGAAGAGCUCUCAUGUGGCAGACUAGAACUGUUGGCUUAAACAUUACAAGAAAUUUCCUAAUAGUAAGUGCUGAUGAACAGUGGAACAGUCACAUAUUGAAGGAAGUCAAUAUGUGUAUAUGUAUGUAAAGAUUAUUAUGAUGGCAUGGUUUUCUUUGUAGGCGUGGGUUGUUUUGCUUUGUUUUUCUUUUUUUGGAUUUUAUGUUUGUGAUUUUUGUUGUAAUUUUGCAUUGAAAAUAAAAAAAGAACAAAAAAAGAACAGUGGAACAGUCAGUCUCAGGAGGUUUUGGGAUUUCCCUUGCUUGGAG